AUGGCUGCAGGAACAACGGCAGACGCACCCGACUUCAAAUCCCCAAUCACGACUUACACCAGAAUCGAGCGGCACGUAGAGGGAAAACUCCCAUUCGAAAUGUUACGCCACGAAUCAAGUUGUCGCAGCGUGCCGCCACGGGGUGUAUUCUCAGCAAGUCCUGUGCAUGAUCCGUAG